AUGUGUGUGUGUGAGUUCGCCAUGGGGUAUUUUUUGGUAGAUAGUUUUAGGUUUCUGACCAUGCGACUGAAUAUUUGGUGGAGAAUGGGUGCAUGUGCACACCCUAGCAGCCCCAUGCAAGCCAUAAUUUUGAUCAUUUUCGAAAAAUUUAGCGCCGAUUCUGAAGGUAAAAUAAAGUCUGUACUACUUACAUCAACUGUCGGCUCUUCUAAUGCACACCUUUUCACUAUUUCUUGUUUAUCUUACAGUCACUUUAUUGCAAAUCCAACUGUUUGGGGUCUCUUCAUUCCCGCCUUUUUUUUGAUUUUUAAUCCCACAUUUCCAGACCACUUUUGUGUUGCCAGGCAAAGAACCACUACAGGGCUGCACGAAGAACGUAGAAAAUGCCUUGAUACAUUUGUAAUCAGACAAUACACGAGCAUUUGCAAAAAUCAUGAGCGGGAAUAA